AUGACUAUUUAUUAUAAUUUUGACUUUAGUCAAUCGGAAACUACUAAUAGUGAUAAGAAAUCCAUUUAUAGAUUUGAAAAUGAACCACUAAAACAAUUGAAUAAAAUUGAAUGUAUAGAUCAUACAAAUGAAGAGAUCAAGAGGACUAAUAAGACAAUUAAUGGUAUUAAUGAAAGAAUAAUUAAAAGUGUUUGGAAGUCGGCUAAAAUUUGUUAUUAUAAUAAUUGUAAUGGAUGCAAUCUGAUUUGUGCACAGAAGCAUUAUAGUAUAUUGCACAAUAAGUUGUUGUCAUGUCCGAUGAAUGAAAGAGUUAUCAAAAAUUAUCAAAAAUUGUUGAGAUUAAUCUGUGAUUUAUCAAUAAGAGAGAACAAUAAACGAGAUAAACAAAAUAAUCAGGAUAAUCAGGAUAGAAAAGAUGAACAGGAUGAAAAAGAUAGAAGAGAUGGAAAAGAUAGAAAAGAUGGAAAAGAUGGAAAAGAUGAAAAAGAUAAAAAUGAUGAAAAUGAGAGAAGAUAUGGAAGAGACAAAGAAAAUUGGAAUGAUUAUUACUCUAAAGCCAAAAAACGAAAUUACUUGUAUCGAACACAGUUAUGUAGAUCAGUGAUUGAAAAUAGCAAAUGCAAGUAUGGAGUUAACUGCAAUUAUGCCCAUAGUGAAAAAGAGCUCUGUCCUAAAAAGAUUUUUCCAUCUCGGUAUUUAACAAAGUCGUGUAUCUAUAGAGAAAGAAAGAAGUGUCCCUAUUCACACAUUAUCGACAAUAUGAACGACAUCAGUAGGAAAAAUGAACAAAAGCACGAUUGCAUCAGACUUGCGUUAGCCUUCCAUCAAGAGGGUAACACACAAACAAACAAAACUGCCAAAAAAGAACAUGCGAUGCUGCUUUUGCCUGAACUAAUUUUGAUUUGGGUUUUAAGGAUUGAUCAAAACAGACGUCGGAAGGAUAGCUGA